AUGCAGACCAUUGGACCCAUUCCAAUUGAUGAUAAUGUUGGCAAAGAAACUGUUCUACAUUAUGAUACAAAUAUAGAAAAUGCAUCAAAAUUUUAUACGGAUGCUAAUGGACGUGAAGUACUCGAAUGUAUACGUAACUCUCGACCAACAUGGAAUUAUUCAGUAGUUGAAACUAUCAACGGCAAUUAUUAUCUAAUUAAUAGUCGUAUUUGGAUUCAAGAUGAUCAAGGUCAAUUGACUAUACUCACCAAUCGAUCCGAAGGUGGUGGCAGUAUCCGUGAUGGAUCAAUGGAACUUAUGAUUCAUCGUCGCACACUCUACGAUGAUUCACUCGGUGUAGAUGAACCAUUAAAUGAAACAGCUUAUAAUCAAGGUCUUGUCGUGCGUGACAAACAUAUUCUCAUUUUUUAA